AUGCCCGACCUUGCGGUAACCUCGCCGACGGCUGGCACUCCGUCUGAAACACCAGUCACAGACGACGGGAGCAAUUCUGGAAACCGCACACCUCUCCUCCACCUCCAUGCGCCACGAGAUUCCACGCCCACCACGACGAUUCCUCCGACAUUGACGCCCGCCACGACUACUCGACCAUCCAUUGCCCUCUCAACUAUCUGGAGAAACGGAAAUCUACCUACAAACACCCCUCACAGCACCCCACUCGUCGCCGCAAUCGUCGCUCACACACCGUCCCGCGAAACACAAGGCCCAACACCUUCGGACCUGGCUACAAGCACAAGCUCCGUGCCGAGUGCCACCACUACGCUCACAAAUACCCUCCCGCCGACACAGUCCGCCGCCCUACGCGCCCUCAAUGCGCCCGCCUUUCAAUCGCACUCCUCAUCCUCCAGCAACACGAAACAUCACAACAGGAAGUCUUCAGCCAAAUCAACAUCGAGCAGCACCACACUAUCCAGUCAACCGGUAGUGGUACGCACAUAUUCCGGUCCGCGUCGGCAUCGCUCACAAGCCUCUAAUUCCUCCUCUCGUUUCUAUACCAUCAACAUGAACGGCCACACAUCCUCACAGAACCCGUCCAACCUCUCCGCAGGUCUAGCCUCGCAAUCGGGCUCCCGAACGCCACAACUUCCCCCCGUCGACGACUUCUCCUUCUCAGCCAUCCUUCGCGCCGUGGACCCCGAGAUUCGAGACGCCAUCGACGCGAUUGCGGAAAUUUGUGCGAGGAGCAGACUCAGCUUGGCGGAUGAAUAUGAUGCCCAUCUCCCACCGCAGGGGACCAUCACGGGAACCGGGACGGGCAUAGGACAGGGGUGGGUGGUGGGUAGAGCUGCGUUGGUGUCUGGACGAGGGAGAGGCGUGGGUGUGGUGAGGGGUGCGCAGGGGUGGGGUGCUGCUGGUGCGGGUGUGGGUGGGGAGAAUACCCUGACAGCGGUGCCGGAAGCUAGUUCCUCGAGCGAGAGACUCAGUGUUGCUGGGGAACCGUCGACGAAGGACCAGAGUCGUUCCGCCUACGGGAGUCUCAAGAGCGUGAUUAGCGGCGCGAGCGGUGGGGGUAGGAGUAGAAGGAAGACGGUCGGGGCGGACACGUUCAACGCGACUUCUACUUCCACGUCCAAAGCAGAUGGCCCGGAUCGGCCUCAACAGCAGACGAAUAUCCCCUCCUUGGCUCUGAUAAGUACUCCGCAGCCAUCACACCAUCUUUCUCUGGAUCUCUCGUCGACGAUUACCGAUGUACCUCUGCCGGAGACCCGUUCUGAGACCGCGGCGGCGAAUACCUCCUCCUUUACUAUACAGAACGACUCGAACGCUAAUGCUGGCCGCACACAUCGUCGCAACCUCUCAAGCAUGAGCCGCAUGUCUGUUACUCGCCCACGCUCGAGCACACUUUCCUCACUCGCGUCCUGGGUUCCUUGGAAUCGGACUAAUGCGGAUGUCUCAUCCGAGUCUGCGACGACGAGGGCGGAGAUGAGACUGAGGGAGGUUCUGAGUCUGGCUGGACAGCAGCAGCAAGGAAUUUCACGAAAGAAGGGAGGUGUGAGUGUGGUCUAG